UUUCCUGACUCCAGUAAACAGGAAUUUUGCUUCUGGAUUAUAGUAUUUUCAUUCGCAAGACAAGGUUCCCUAUUACGUUCUCUGCACGUGCGUGAUUGGAUACUGCAUUAUAGCGAGUUAAAUCGUAGCAGCUACUAUAGGAGCCUGUGGGGAUAAAGAACCAAAACGCACCGCAUCGUUCAAGGGCUACAUAUGCAAUCUGCAGAUCAUCUUAUUCAAGCAGCAGUGUGAUCGCUGCCGUAUUCACUCCUCAGCCUCGUGUCUUCUGGCUGGAGCUUGUUCAUCUGGAUUUGCCUGCCUUUCCUAUUGAACAUAAACCCACCACAGGAAAGCACAAGCAUAUUAGUUUGUCUUUUUCUUGCCACUUGUUGGCAGACUUUCCUACAUUAACAUUUAUUUACAACGUUGCUAACUGUGCACACUUUUUUGCUUUUAAUAGUUUUUUUUUUUUACCAUUUUUUUAAGUUUGGUGAUUUUAAUUGUUCUUUUGGGCAGGUUAUAUAUUUUAUUUGUGUAUAGGUCUUUUAUACCGAGUUCGUUAAGGUGCAGUGAGUUUUUUUUCCAUUAGCCAGCCUGAUUAGUUAUGUUGGUUAACUCUUAACUUGCUUACUUGGUUUAUAAAAAGUUGCAGAUCACUUUUUUCCCAGCUUCACUUUGCUUGUUGGUUUUUGCACUAGUGUAUAUAAUGGCCAAAAAGAUUUCAAGCACUGAAGAGGCUGAUAUGAUGAAUUCAAGCUCAGAGGAGUUUAAUGAUUACGAUGUGGAGAGUGAGGACUUCGACUCAGAAACAGACUCAUCUACAGAUGAUCCAGAGCUUGAAGAUAGUAGCUGCAUUAGUGCAGAGACUAGUUGUAGUGACACUGAUAUUGCUGACAAAGCAGAGGCUAGUUUGAGUGAAACCUGUGUUUUACAUAUAGAGGGAAAAGUAGCUGAGGAUGAGGUCAGAAGUGCUGAUGCAUUUGUCGGAGGAGACGCUGCAUGGGGUCCUCCCCAAAAUUAUUCCCCGGAGAUUCCCCUAUUCACUGCAGAUCCUGGCAUCAAGGUGAAUACCAGUAAUUUUGAGCUUGUGGACUACUUCUAUGUCUUUGUUACAGAGGCUAUCCUACAGGAUAUGGUCUGCUACACCAAUUUAUAUGCUGAGCAGUAUCUUUCUAGCCACCCAUUACCCGAAUAUGCACAAGCUCAGGAAUGGCAUCCCACUAAUAUACAUGAGAUAAAAAGAUUUCUGGCACUCACAAUAGCAAUGGGCCUCCACACAGGCAACACCUUGGCAUCCUACUGGGAUACCACUACGGUAAUUUCCAUCCCACUCUUUUCAGCCAUAAUGCCUAUGAACCGUUAUCAAGUUUUACUGCGGUUUCUUCAUUUUAAUGAUAAUGCUACAGCCACUCCCCCUAAUGAGCCUGGUCAUGACCAACUUCAUAAAUUGAGACCCCUUAUUGAGAGCUUGUGUAAGCGCUUUGCAGAGGUGUACACUCCCUCCCAAAAUCUUUGUGUAGAUGAGUCCCAUAUGUUUUUUAAAGGGCUAAGGUUCCAACAGAACAGCCCAAGAAAGCGAUCCUGCAAUGGGAUAAAAUUUUACAAGCUCUGUGAAAGCAAGACCGGAUACACCAGUAACUUUAUGAUUUAUGAAGGAGCAGACUCCUCUUUAGAUCCUCCAGGUUGUCCACUUGAUUUUACGGUCGGUGACAAAAUAGUUUGGGAGCUCCUAAUACCCCUUCUGGGCCGAGGUUACCACAUAUAUGUGGAUAAUUUCUAUACAAGUAUUCCCUUAUUUAGGGCCCUACAUAGUCUGGACACCCCAGCCUGUGGCAUUGUAAGCCAUAUGAGAAAAGGCUUGCCCAAGACACUUUUGAAUAAAAGUCUGAGGCCUGGAGAAACAUAUGGGCUAAGAAGCAGUGAGCUCCUGGCCAUAAAACAUUGUGACACCAAAACGGAAUAUAUGCUGACAACAAUCCAUGAUGAGUCUGUCAUUGUAGAACAGAGAGCUGGCAAUAGGCCCCCCAAAAGUAAGCCACUCUGUAGCAAAGAAUACAAUAAACAUAUUGGUGGUGUUAAUAAAACUGAACAAAUCCAGGAGUACGACGCCACCAGAAAAACAAAGUCCUGGUACAAAAAAGCAGCAUUUUAUAUGAUUCAAGUGGCUCUUUACAAUUCAUAUGUUGUUUAUAAGGCAGCAGUUCCAGGCCUCAAAUUGUCCUUUUAUAAAUACCAACUGCAGCUGCUCCCUGCAUUGUUGUUUGGAGAUGUUGAGGAGGUACCAGAUGUACCUGAUAAUGAUAAUGUUGCCAGAAUGGUCGGGAAGCAUUUUAUCGAUAACAUUCCACCCACACUUAAUAAAAAGUAUGCCCAAAGAGCCUGCAAGGUGUGCCGCAAAAAGGGUGUUAGGCGAGAUGUGAGGUACUAUUGUCCAAAGUGCCCUAGCAAACCUGCCUUAUGUUUUCAGCCUUGCUUUGAGCUUUACCAUACUGUUGUACACUAUCAAAAUCUGUGAACACUGUAAUGUGCUGGUAGAUUAGGGCUCUCCGUAUUUGUGGGUAUUUAAUCAUUCGCCAUAUUUAUAAAGUGGACUUGCUAUGCUCUAGUUUUUCUAUGCAUGAUUGAGAGCCUGCAUUUGGCCCGGUGCCCGGUAAAAAUGUUCAGUCAAGAUGUGCCAUACUAUUGCCCAGAUUGCUAUACAGGUAUAGGACCUAUUCUCCAGAAUGUUCUGGAUCUGGAGUUUUGUGGAUAAAUGUAUUUCUGUCAUUUGGAUCUUCAUAAGUUAUCUGCUAAAAAUGUAUUUAAAGGAUAACUCAACCCCACAAUUAAGAAAAGCCCCUACCUACUAAGCUGUAUGGUUCCCCUCCCUUCUCCCCCCCCCCCAAUACUUCAACAAAUGUCCCUCAAAUAUUUCUCUUAGUAUCCGUGCAGAGUAAGUGCAGUGGAGCUUGUGGGCACCAUCUUCUGGAUCUUUGGAUUUAUUUGGGUCCGCUUUGGCAAUUUCCGUCACUUUUGGCGCAUGCGCUGUCGGUACAAACCGGAAGACUGCACAAACUACGCAUGCACCAAUGCAGUGUUCUAUUACAGAUGAAGACCGGUGAUCCGGAAGAGGGCGCCCACAAGCUCCACUGCGCUUACUCUGCACUGUUAGGUGAGAAAUAUUUUAGGGACAUUUUCAAGGCUAUUGAAGUAUGAGGGAGGGGGGUCUAUCUAGCUUAGAAGGUAUGGGCUUUUCUUUAUUGGGAGGAUGAGUUCUCCUUUAAA